AUGUCUCAACUACCGAAAGCCCCAUGGUCAGAAGUUAGCAUGGAUUUCGCGGAGCUUCCAAACAGCGAGUAUCUCCUGAUAAUUACAGAUGACUAUUCAAGAUAUCCGGUCGUCGAAACGGUCAAGUCUACUUCUGGCAACACGGUGAUUCCGAGGGUAGACAAAGUGUUCUCUGAAUUUGGAAUACCUGACGUAGUAAAGACAGACAACGGACCCCCUUUUAAAAGCCGUGAAUUUUCGUCGUUUGCGCAGACUCUCGGUUUCAAGCAUCGAAAUAUCACCCCUCGAUGGCGAAGAGCAAAUGACGAGGUCGAGCGAUUCGUGAGAACGAUAAAGAAGGUGGUCAAGACGGCGACAGUAGAGCACAAGAACUGGAAACAAGAGAUGCAUCGUUUCCUCAGAAAUUUCAGAGCAACUCCUCACACAACGACAAAAAUUCCCCCAGCAACCGCAUUGUUUGGUUGGGCACUAAAAACAAAGUUACCUGAGUUGAAAAAGACUUUGCAAGACCCAGCAGUUGAGGGAAAUGAUCGCAAGGCGAAGUCGAGGAUGAAGAGAUAUGCUGAUUCCAAAACCUAUGUUCAACCCUCAACAAUCCAGGAAGGCGAUACAGUGUUCGUCAAACGUGACGAUUCGAAGAGAAAGAGAGAUACACCCUACCGACCUGACUCAUAUGUCGUUGUACAGAAGAAAGGAUCCAUGGUGACACCAAGGAAUAACAACGCAACGAUCACCAGAAAUUCUUCGUGUUUUAAGAAAGCGCCCAGCGACAAUGGCGAUGAUGAAGAAGCGAGUGACGGAGAAGACGCCGGUCAACAAGA